AUGGCCGGCAUCCAGGACCAGGUUGCCUUCCUUAAACAUCAGGAAGAGUUUGACGCAAUACUGGGCUCCGAUUUCCCAGAACCACACGUUUCAAUACUCGCAGACGAGAGUCCUGCAGGAUUACCUCUCUAUCACGAAGCUUGCGUCUAUCAUCCACCGACACGCAGCAUCUUCGUGACCUCCAACCAGAUUCCAAAUCCUCCCAACCAACAAAACCUAGCAACAGAAGACAAGCAUAUCAAGCUCUCCCGAGUUUAUGAUACGUACCAAGGAUCUUCCACAGAAUCAAAUGUCGCCAAAGUCGAGGACAUCACCUUUCCACAGAUCGACGGCGCCAUGCUGAAUGGCGGUGUUAAUCUGGGCCCUGAUCACAUCCUCUUCUGUGCUCAAGGAUCAAAAGACCCAAGUGAUCCCUCGGGUAUCAUCAAAGUCGCGGUUCCAUCUGAGGGUAGCAAUGUCACUACAUCAGAGGUCGUCAUCGGCUCUUUCCACGGGAUUCCAUUUAAUUCAGUCAACGACGUGGUCGUUCAUUCGCUUGACUCCUCCAUCUGGUUUACAGACCCUCAGUAUGGCUUCCACCAGGGCAUCAGACUUCAACCGCAGCUCCCGAACCAAGUCUACCGUUAUGAUCCCGGUAACGGAUUGAUUCGCGCUGUCGCAGACGGUUUCGUACGGCCAAACGGUCUCUGCUUCUCGCCCGGCCUCGACACACUCUAUGUGACAGAUACAGGUGCGAUCCAUGGCUCACCAUUAGUGCCAAACAAUCCAGCAGGGCCGUCGCAUAUCUAUGCAUUUGAUAUUGUCUACCCUGGAGGGCGGGCCGAACCGCAGUUGGUAAACCGGCGUGUAUUCGCGUAUGCCCCCGGAAAAGUACCUGACGGAAUCAAGUGCGAUACCCGGGGCAAUGUCUACGCUGGAUGCGGGGAUGGGAUUGAAGUGUGGAAUCCUAGCGGUGUCCUUAUCGGUACGAUUAAAGUUGCUGGUGGAGUUGCGAAUUUCUGCUUCGGAGAGAAUGGAGUCUUAUAUGCUUGCAAUGAGACCAGAUUGCUCAGAAUACAUUUGCGCGGGGAAGGUGUGAAGGGGGCUCUUUUAGGUAUAUGA